ACCCUUUUUGGGACUUUCAAAGACGGUUCUUCUUCUUCAUCGCUCUCCGCCGCUUAAAGCUCUCGACCUCUCUACCAAAAAAACCUCUCCAGCGCUAGCUUCCUCGAGUCUCUCUGUUUAGACUAAUCGUUUUGUUUCGAUUCUAUCUCAUCGAGGUUGAUCGCGGUAACAUAGAAACCCUAGCUCCGCGUGAUUGUUCUGUCGCACAUAUGAAACCAACGUCGUGUGAGAGAAUGGGUCGGGACAACGAUCAGAAGAAGGAUAAGAAGAAGAGAAAGAGAAGCCAUGAGAAUGAGAAGAGUGUUGAGAAAGUUGUAGCUAAUGAAGAGAAGAAAGUCCCAACCCAGCAGAAGAAGCAGCAACAAGGACAACAAGGGAACGAGAAAGUCCCAACCCAGCAGCAGAAGCAGAAUCAGAAACAAGGAAACUGUAAUCAAAGCAAGAAGAAGAAGAGCCAAGAAGUUUACCCUUUUGGAAACUACAGGAACUACUAUGGCUACCGAAUUAGCAAUGACACGGAUGAGGAUCCUCGGCUUAAAGUAUUGAAGAAAGUAUGGUUUGAAGGCAAGGACUGUCUUGACAUUGGCUGCAACAGCGGCAUUAUGACUAUCCAUAUUGCUAAAAAGUUUGGUUGCCGGAGCAUUCUUGGAGUUGAUAUUGAUUCAAGUCGCAUUGAGGAUGCUCACUGGCAUCUUAGGAAGUUUGUCAGAAUGCAGAAUUCUGCUAAGUCAAGUGAAAAGGAACCUAGUUCAAAGAGUGCACAUGGAGCACAUGGUUCAAUGGAGCAAUCUACUUCUCUCUCUAAUGGUGAGACGAAGGAAGACAGCCCAGAAACUAAAGACCUGUCUCAGAUUGUGUCGUUUCAGAAGGAGAAUUUUGUUCUAACCCGAAAUCUUGAUGAGAAUCGUUAUGAUACAAUUCUAUGUUUAAGUGUGACAAAAUGGAUUCAUUUGAAUUGGGGUGAUGAUGGCUUGAUCACAUUAUUUUCAAAAAUUUGGCGUCUUCUUCAACCGGUUACUAUAUCAUACUUAAAUCAGGUGCCCAUAAUUUACUUUUCGUAUCUGCAACUGACAGUUGGGUUUGCUUUUCAGGGUGGCAUCUUUAUAAUGGAACCUCAGCCUUGGAAAUCUUAUGAAAACAAUCGUCGUGUCUCAGAGACAACUGCAAUGAAUUACCGAAAGAUUGUUUUGCGACCAGACCGUUUCCAAGAAAUUCUUCUUGAUAAGAUUGGUUUCAGAACAGUAGAAGAUCUUACAUCAAGCUUGUCCGGUGCAAGCAAAGGGUUCGAUAGACAGAUUCUUGCGUUCCAGAAAUGACCAGUUGCGUCGCUGAGUUUUUGAAAAGCCUUUGUGAAAAUCAAAUUAAUAUGGAACGGCAUGGUUAUAUUCCGUUUCAUAUCUAAUAUGUAAACUAUUUUUGCUACAGCUUAGGCUCUCUAAUCCAGUUUUUUUGGUCCUCUUUUUUUGUACACGGUUUUUAGUGAUAAUGACAAAAAAACCUUUGAAUCGAUAAAUGAGAGAAUCUUUGAAUCCAA